UUGUGUUGUAGUUUUGUAUAAUUUCAAGAUGGCGGCGCCCGUGGUCAAACUUCAGAGAAAAUAAUGUGACUAUUUUCUGUGUAAUUGAUUUGUCAGAAGUUUGUCACAAUGGAUGCUCUCCAGGCAUAUCAAAGCUCAGACUCCGAAGAUGAAGACGCACAUCUCAAGAGAACUCUUUCAGACGGUGCGCCUAAAUGUCAAAAUUUAACGUCAUCAUCGACCUUGGGAUCCAUUCUUCCUAGACCAGAUCUGAACUUCAGUACCUCAAGUUUGAAGCACGAGAGGAUGACUGGGAAAGAAAUGGUUAUACAUCCUGUUUUACCGUGGAGUAAGCCUGUUGAAAGAAGGGAAACUGUUACACGUAGGUUAGUUUCACAAACCCAGGGCGUGUCAUUUGAAGAGAAUGGACAGAGUGUUUCAGUUCGUCUUGACCCACUUCACACAAAUAGAACUUCUAACAAUAACCGUGUGUUUCACAAUGGCAAACUUCUUCAGAAAACCAAUAAACCGCAUCCGUACCUUCAUUCACAGCAGUUGGGUCCACUAGAUCCGUUUGAUGCUGAACAUGGAGCUGCCCCAUCUUAUCCCUCCCUUCUCACAUCUUCACGUCAAUCAACACCUUUAGCUGUCUCGACGAAAUCAGCAUCGCAGACUAGCAGAUCAUCCUACCCACUAACAUCCGAUACUAAGAUGUCUUUUAAGCGACCAGCAGUGCACGUAACUCAACCCUAUAUUCCUAAGAGGUUGCGCCAGUCUCACCAAAAAUCUGUGGCCGGUGAGGGGAGUUGUUCAUCUUCUUUGUCUUCACAGGGAAAGUCAAGAGAAAAAAUGUAUACAACAUCGUCAUUCAUAGCUCAUCAGAUAGAUAGAAAGUUAACGUCCAAACUUCCAAAAAGCAGAACGAUACAAUGCUGCUUGCACACUGGACCUGUAACUCACGUCCGUUGGUGUGCUCCUCAGUUCAGUCAUCUGCUAUUGUCCUCCUCGAUGGAUAAAACAUUACGGAUCUGGAAUGGGAUCGGCCAGGACGGGUGUUGCCUGCAGACGUUGAAAUGCCAUGGGGGUGCAAUCAAGGAUGCUCAGUGGGGGAGGGGAGGGUAUACUGUGGUAAGCUGUGGAUAUGACAAGACAGCAAGGCUCUGUGAUGUAGAGUCAGGGAAGGAGCUUCAGGUCUUUGAUCAUUCAUCGUACGCCACUUGCAUCAAAACUAAACCAGACGAUCCUGACGUCUUCAUAACUGGCACAUCUAACUCAUCCAUCUACUGUUGGGACAUCAGAACUGGAAACCAAGAACAUGAAUACAAAGGAAAGCUGGGUCAGAUCUUAGAUGUGGAGUUCCUCCCGGGCAGUGUAGAGUUUGCUUCGUCUUGUGACGUCGUGAGUCGUGAUUCGGCCGACAAGACGAUCAUGGUGUGGGACCUUAGAUCUACAGCUGUAGUAUCCAACCAACUCUAUCAUGAAAAAUAUACCUGUCCCUGUCUUCGACGACACCCCACCAAGAGUGUGUUUGCAGCUCAGUCUAAUGCUAACUAUGUAGCCUUGUUCUCAGCUAUCAGACCCUACAAGCUCAAUAAGUAUAACAGAUAUGAAGGCCAUCAGCUGGAGGGGUACCACAUUGGCUGCGAUUUCUCUCCAGAUGGCGCUCUUCUCGCGAGUGGCAGUUCUGACGGCAUGGCGUAUAUUUACGAUUUCCAAAGCACAGGAAAGCUGAAGACAUUGCAAUGUCAUUCAGGACCUUGUACCGAUGUUGCAUGGCAUCCAGUACUGCCUGGUGUCAUGGCAACAGGUGGUUGGGAUGGGAGAAUCUGUGUUUGGCAUUAAGGGUCAAGGGUCAAUGUUUGAUUUUAAUGAGCACAGUGACAUUCUAGUAGAUUGUAUGGUGAGUGAACACAUUAAGGUUAUAGCGUCCCAUGUCAAGAUGAAUGCAGAAGGUGUUAAUGCAUUUCUAACAUUAUGCCAAAUAUGCUGUUUGCGAGUAAGAUUUGGAUAAUGCCUGGUGUCCCAGGUUGUAUCUUAAACUUGGGUGUGAUCCCUGGCAUGGGUACAUGUAGGUUGAAUGUCUUCUUACUGGAAAACCCCAAACAAAAUUAUCAACAACAAAGGGUGGCCACCAACAUUGGGGCUAAAUAGCACAGUUGGAAGAGAACCUGAACCUCAGUCAGAAUUCAGCAAAAAGAGAAGUUUUUACUUGAUACAGCAAGAGAUUGGUUUAUUCUGAUUCCUCAAUGUUUAUUACAUGUGCAAUAAAAACAUACAAUGGAUAUUUUGUUUUAAAAUUUUAACAAUACAUGGUGAUCCUAUGUUUACAAACUAGUACUUCACAACUUGUGCAUUUUUCACAACGACAAUUCUUUCUUGGGUGUUUUCUUAAAAGCUUUGCAUUUUUCUUUUUUUUUCUGUACAAUUCCUGUUAUAAAAAACACACAGAAACAUUCAACAUACAACUCUUCGGUUGUUAGGACGAAAUAAAAUUGUCAUGAUUUCUGUGAUUACAUUGUUAAUGCAUUAAUUGGAUAGCAUCUCACUCCAUUUGAAAACUGCAUUGAUACACGAUAGUACAUCUUGAAAAACAAGUUAAAACUGCACAAACAUGUUUA